AUGGAGGUGCAGCAGCCGAAGAUGAAAGGCCGCCAAAGGCUGCUCCGCGGCCUUCAACGUAUGUCGUCGUCGCCCUCACUCGCCCAAUUAGGUCGCUCGAGGGCCGUCAGCAGUCCCUCAAAGCUACCGUCGAGCUUCUCUUGUAUAAGUCUCGCUUCGAGCUCUUCGCCCUUCGGCCAGCCCAGCCCGAGUUCCUUGUUCUCGCACCCUUCCACAGACGGCUACUCGAGCGCUCAGACGUCCAUCCCCGGGAGCCCGAGUAUCGAGUCGUCGGGCCUGGAGGGAAUCGAGAGUGUUCUGGCCCUGAGCAAAAGCGAAUCCCCCGCCAACGCCCGCCGCACAAUUGCUGCAGGCGUCCGGCCAAAGAAGCCCGCGUUCAAAAUAUGGGCCAAGAUGCCGCACGAGAUCAAGAUCCAUGUGUUCUCCUUCCUCCAACCCAAGGAGCUCGUGCGUGUGUCGCGCGUGAGCAGGGAUUUCUACAAAACGUGUUUCGACGGGCAGCUUUGGACCUGCUUCGACGCUUCCGAAUUCUACAAGGACAUACCCGCCGAGUCAUUGGCAAAGAUCAUCGUCGCCGCCGGCCCCUUUGUGAAAGAUCUCAACCUGCGCGGCUGCGUGCAAGUCGAGCAUUACAAGCGUGCCGAGGUCGUUGCCAAGGCCUGUAAGAACCUGAUGCAUGCGACCCUCGAGGGAUGUCGGAAUCUCCAAAAGGCCACGCUCCACAGCCUGCUCAAGAGCAACACGAAGCUUGCCUAUCUCAAUCUGAAGGGGCUGACAGCCGUCACCAAUACGACUUGUAAGAUCAUCGCACGCUCGUGCCUUCAACUGGAGAUUUUCAACGCCUCAUGGUGCAAGCAUAUGGAUGCAAGGGGCAUCAAGUCGAUUGUUGUGGGCUGCCACAAGCUGAAAGAUCUCCGUGCUGGCGAGAUCAGGGGCUUCGAUAACCUCGAGGUUGCCGAGGCCAUCUUCAGGACGAACAACCUCGAGCGCCUCGUCCUCGCCGGAUGCGAGGACCUCACUGACUUGGCACUCCGAGCCAUGCUCUACGGGACCAACCCGGAGAUGGACGUCUUGACGGACCGCCCGAUUGUGCCCCCGAGGAAGCUCCGGCAUCUCGACCUGUCACGCUGCAGCCGGCUGACCACCCAGGGCGUCAAAGCCCUGGGCCACUUCGUGCCGGAUCUGGAGGGCCUGCAGCUCAGCGGCGUGACCAGCCUCACCGAUGCGGCCCUCGAGCCCAUCCUCGCCACGACCCCGCGGCUGACCCACCUCGAGCUCGAGGACCUCGCCGAGCUGACCAACAGCAUCCUCUCAGAGCACCUGGCCAAGGCGCCCUGCGCGCCGAACCUCGAGCACCUCGGCAUCAGCUACUGCGAGAACUUUGGCGACACGGGCAUGCUCCCCGUGAUCCGCAACUGCACGCGCCUGCGCAGCGUCGACAUGGACAACACGCGCAUCAGCGACCUGGUCCUGGCCGAGGCAGCCGCCAUGGUGCGCGGCCGGGCCGGCAGCAGCCAGACCGCCGCCUCCAACCAGAAGCGGCUGCGGCCCCAGGUCGGGCUGAGCCUGGUCGUCUACGACUGCAACAACGUCACGUGGACGGGCAUCCGCGAGGUCCUGAGCCGCAACGCCGAGGUCAAGCUCCCCGCCGCCGCCGCCUCGCAGCCGACCGAGGACGGCCAGUCCCCCGCCAGGCGGACCACCACCACCACAACCCCCGCCUACCCGGUCGAGAUCAUCGGGCUCAAGUGCUUCUACGGCUGGCAGAUGACGGUCGACGAGCACACCAAGCGGGUUCUCCGCGGCGACCUCGCGGCCGCGAGCCGGCUGGAGCGCAAGUGGGGCGACUACAUGCAGGCCAGCGAGGAGGCCGGUGUCGUGGGCGCUGGCGGGAGGCGCCGGCGCAGGAGGGCGAGGGAGGCGCAGCUGGUGCACGCCGACGAGGAGGAGGGCGGCGCCGGCGGCGGCGGUGGCGCGGGGUCCACGGGCAGGAGGAGGGCGAGGACCGCGGCUUGCGUGGUGAUGUGA